UCAAAAUUUUUGCAAUGGCAACCAAGAAGACAAGAGGAAGGCAAAAGAUUGAAAUGAAAAGAAUUGAAAAAGAAGAAGAUAGAUUGAUCACUUUCUCAAAACGUAGAUCUGGUAUCUACAAAAAGGCAAAUGAACUUGUGACUCUUACUGGCGCUAACAUUGGGAUUGUAAUGUUUUCACCAACAGGAAAGGCUUUCUCCUUUGGCCAUCCAUCCAUUGAAGUUGUGGCAAAUCGCUUCAUGGGUGGGCAUCAACCAGAAUGUGAUCCAAUAGACCUUCAACUUGAGGCCCAUCGCAAAGUGAGAAUCAAUGAAUUGAAUCAAGAUCACAGCAAUCUCCUCAACCAACUUGAGGCUGAGAAAGAGCGAGGGAAGUUGUUGAAACAAAUGACAGAUGGGAUAGAAACUAAGGGAUGGUGGGAUACUCCUGUUAAUCAACUUAAGGAGGAGGAGCUCUACCAAAUGCAUGACUCUUUGGAUGAGUUGGAGAGAAGUUUAUUAAAUGAAAUCUGCCUCAAGACUAGUGGUGAUUUCGGUGCCUCUUCUUCAUUGAUGGCUCCUCCACCGAAUCUUGACCAAGCAACAAACCUUUUUUCGAUGAACAAUCCGAAUGAAGCAAGUCCGCCUUGUAGUGCCUUUCCUCAAAACUAUGGUGAUUCCUUGACAAAUCAGUUCUAAAUAACA